AUGACAAAUCACCACUCAAAGGAAUCAAUCAAGUUUUUUGGGAGUCUAAUUGAUCCUGAAAAUGUUGAAGACCUCCAAAGAACCAAAACAGAUAUUGAAAAUAACAUCUCUAAGAUUCUUGAGCUUAUUAAGAACAAAAGCCAUAGCAAAGAAGAUGAUGAGAACCACAAACAUUCUACAAGUGGGACAGAACUUGUUGGGUUAAUAGAGGAUUUAUACAAGAAGCAACAAUCACUUUAUGCCAUAUAUGAUUGUGUCAUUGAAGAGUUUGAGAAAGUAGUUUCUCGCAAAAGAAUCAAGAAGGUUGCAAUGUCUUCCUCUGACUCGGACUCUGAAUACUUUUCCCCAGAGGAAGUAGAUGGCAUUAAGAGAAAGUCAGAAAAAGAAUAUUACAGUGUAUCUUAUCUUGGCACCCUUAAGCAAGAAUCUGAUAGAGGUGAUUGUACAGAUGAGGUUCCUAAGAUUGAAGCAACAAAGUUUGAGGAACAAUUAACUUCACUAGCGAAAGAGGUUGAGAGUUUGAGCCAGCAAAAAAAGAAUCUAGAACUUCAAGUUGAAAGCCAGACACAUGAAGUUAAGCAUCUAACCUUGAAGAACAUUGAGUUGUAUGACCAAGUAUCAGAACUUGAGUUGUUGUUGAAAAGGGAAAAAGGUGUGGUAUCAGAUCUACAAACACAACUAAAUAACAGCGAGAGCCAAGCAAACUUAGCAAAGUCCAAUGUUGCAAAUUUGAUGGCAAAGAUCAAUGAGCUAGAACUAGAGACCAAAUCCCUACAAACACAAAAAAAUCAAAUGGGAGAAAAAAUAAAAUGUGACAAAAAUGAAGCAUUAACCCAAAGAGAGGACUUGAUGGAGCAGCUCAAUGCCAUGCAACAAAGGCUAGAUUACAUAGAAAAUGAGAAAAGGGAACUAGAAGUUGAGAUGGAAAGCCAAAGGGAACAAAUUUCUCAACACCUUAUUCAAAUAGAAAAUGUGAAGGACAAAUUAUCUGAAAUGAGAUCGGUUGAGCACAAUAUGGUGGAAGAGAAAGAGGGGUUUCUUGAGAAGCUAAAGGAUCUAGAACUAAAUUUGGAAAUUCAAAACAACCAGAAAAAUGAAUUGGAAGAGAAGUUGAGAGCCACAAGUUACGAGGUUAAACAACUGGCAGAUGAAAACAAGGCCCUUCAAGACAGAAAUCAUGAACUGAGAACAACAAUGACACAGAAAGGGGAAGAGAUCUCCAUUUUUAUGAGAGAACAUGAAAACCAUAAGAAUGGAGCUUCCAUGGAGGUUAUGGCUUUAAAAGAAAAACUUAACGGUAUGAGACUUGAGCUAGAUACUAUGCGUGAACAGAAAAACAAGCUGGAGCUACAAAAUGAACGAAGCCAAAAGGAAUAUGCUGAAAGCCUGGCAAAGGUGGAGACUUUGAACACCAACUUAGCAACCCAAAUAGACGAUCAAGCGAAAACGAUUGAACGAGUCAACGAGGAGAACAAACAAGCCAAAAUUGUGUAUAGUAAAUUGAAGUUGAUUCAGGUAACAGCAGAAAGGAAAAUGAAUGAACUUGCAGAAGAGUUUCGAAGGAAAAUGGAAGACAACAUCAGGUUAUUGCACCAAAGGAUCCACGUGGCAGAACAACUGAACAACGAGAACAAAUACAGUUGCAAAGUAACAAAGCAGAGGUAUGAGGAAGAGAACAAGAAUUUAGGACUGAAAAUUGCGAGUUACAAAGAGGAAAAGACAACGCGUGUUCCAAUUGGGUUUGAAUUGGUUGCACUAAACAGAUUGGAUUUGGUGGUUGAGAAGGUUGAGGAGCACAUGAGUCGCAUGGCUAGAAUGAGGUGUGAGGUUGAGUUUGUGAAGGAUUGGAUGAGGGAAAGGAAUGGAGAAGUGAAAGAGCAGAGAGAAAACGUGGAUUGUCUUAGGGAGUUGUUGAACAAAAAGGAAGAGCAAGAAUUGGUGUUAAGGGAGAAUGUGUGGAAAUUAGAGGCAAAUGUAAGCAAGGAGGGAGGGGAGAAGUUGAACCUAAGGAAACAAGUGAGCCAGCUUGAGAAGAAAGUGGGGAAAUUGGAUAAAAUUUUGAAAGAGAAGGAUGAGGAGUUGAUUAGCCUUGGGGAAAAGAAAAGGGAAGCAAUAAGACAACUUUGUUUUGUGGUUGAGUUUCAUAGAGAUCGUUAUAACUAUCUAAAGGACAUGGUUGCCAAAAAAGGGUAAAUAACAUGACAUGAGCUUGGGAAAGAAAAAAGAGUCAAGAAUCUCUCCAAGAAGCUUAUUGUUGUACAUGGUGUAUGGAACUCUGAUCGUGUGCACUAAUAUUUUUUUUUCUUUCUAUGCGACUGGCAUAUUGAAUUUUAUAGUCGCAUUUUUUUCCUUUUUUGUUUGGUACAAAUUGAAUUGUAA